ACUUGGCCCCACCUCGAUCGUCCUGAAUCCGUCCCUCGUCAAACCGAACCGUCGCCAUCCAGAAACGAACCCAGCCCCUCCACUGCCAGACUCCUUUGUAUCAGCGCAGCCAUGCCGACCGAUGUUCCAGUGGAGUUUCCGUGUGCGCUGACGCUCAACGUCCCUUUCCCCGAUGCGCGCCUUGCGUCAGUCGCCCUUCAGGCGCUCCGAGUCGACAAGGAGCUCUCCUCCCUCGUAGUGCGAGACCUGUCGACUAUUGCUGAGGAAGGGCUGUCGGAACAAACCGUGCUGCGAGUUGAGUACAAAGCCGCAACAAACCGCAUGCUGCGUGUCGCGGUCAACUCUUUUCUCGAGAGCCUGGCCUUGGUGAUGGAAGUCAUGGAGGUUCUGGACCAUGAUGUUGUGGAGGCAUGGCAGGGGCAAGAGGAGCGCGGGUGAUGGGCAGCGACAGGACAGCCCUGAGCCUGAUCGUCAAUUUUCCAGCGCCCGCGGGUUGAUGAACCUGCCGAGCAUCCGGGAACCUCUCCAUGGCAAGUCCAAGACCACGGCUUAGCGGAGGCGGCGUUCUGCAUAGCAGCCCCA